AUGACCGCCAGAGAACGUAUAAAUGCAUUGGUCGAUGCGGACAAGCCCAAUUUGGAAAUAGGCAUGAUGGCCCAUACGAUUUUGGAAUCGACUCAAGAGGUGUGUGAUGCUUCGGGUGUGGUGGUGGUGGUGGCCUAUGUGUCGGGGCAUCCCUGCGUGGUGGUGGCCAACGACGCUAUGAUUAAGGCGGGGGCAUGGUUUCCUAUGACGGCCAAAAAGAAUCUAAGGGCUCAGGAAAUAGCGUUAAUUAAUAAAAUUCCGAUUGUAUACUUGGUGGAUAGUGCGGGGAUAUUUUUGCCCCAGCAAAAUGAUGUGUUUGCCGAUCAGGAUCAUUUUGGUCGAGUAUUCAGAAACAAUGCCGUAAUGAGUGCCCAAGGCAUUACCCAAAUAGCGGUGGUUAUGGGAAGCUGUGUGGCUGGAGGCGCAUAUUUACCAGCCAUGAGCGAUGAAAUUAUUAUGGUUCAGGAUUCGGGUACCAUAUUUUUGGCGGGGCCUCAUUUGGUUAAGGCCGCCAUUGGCGAAACCAUUGAUGAACAAUUGUUAGGGGGUGCUCAGACCCAUGCCGAACUAUCGGGUUUGGCCGAUUACGUGGCCAAAGAUGAGUUGGAUGCAUUGAAAAGGGUUCGGAAAACCAUGGGCAUGAUGUCCUUUAAUCCCAAUGGAUAUUUUAAUAGAAUUUCCCCAAAAUAUCCAUCAUUGGCGCCAGAGUUGAUAUAUCAUAAUUUACCCAAUUCCAGAACCGAGGCCUAUGAUAUGCAGUUGAUAUUGAAUUCGAUGGUUGAUGAGGAUAGUUUUGAACCCUAUAAGCCCGAUUUUGGACAAACCAUCAUAUGUGGUUAUGCCCGCAUCGAUGGUUGGGCGGUGGGUGUUGUGGCCAAUCAACGUCUAACGGUAAAAUCCAAACGGGGCGAAAUGCAAAUGGGGGGGGUUAUUUAUUCGGAUUCAGCCACCAAGGCGGCUCGGUUUAUUGCAAUGUGCAAUCAAAAAGGCUUGCCGUUGGUCUUUUUUCAAGAUGUUAAUGGGUUUAUGGUAGGAUCCAAAUCCGAGCACAACGGCAUUAUAAAAGAUGGGGCUCAAAUGGUUUCGGCCAUGGCCAAUUCGGUGGUGCCAAAAUUUACCAUCAUCGUAGGGAAUGCUUAUGGAGCUGGUUAUUACGCCAUGUGCGGUAAGGCGUACGAUCCCAGAUUCAUAGUAGCAUGGCCAACGGCCAAAAUAGGCGUGAUGGGUGGUCAACAAGCGGCCAAAGUAUUAUUGCAAAUUCAGACCAAUUCACAAGAAAUGCUGGAUGAUGCCACUAAGAAAGAACGAUUGGCUGAAAUAGAGGCCAAAUACGACCGUGAAUUAUCGCCCUAUUAUGCGGCUCAACAAUUGUGGGUGGAUGCCAUCAUAGAUCCCAUACAAACCCGUCAAUGGAUUAGCACCGGCAUUGACAUAACCCAACACAAUCCAUUGGAUAAAUUUAACAUAGGCCUUACCCAAAUGUAA